AAUGAAUCCAGCGACAGCAACUCCUUGACGUCGCCAUUCUACUCGUUCUACCUCUCGAUCUCUAUGAUUGUUGUGAGCGAGAUCGGUGACAAGACCUUCUUGAUUGCAGCCAUCAUGGCCAUGCGUUAUCCGCGUAUGGUGGUCUUUUCGGCAGCGUCAAGCGCCUUGAUUGUGAUGACCAUUCUCUCUGGUGCGAUUGGCCACGUAUUGCCACAGCUCUUGUCGCCAAAGUUGACUCGGGCAGCAGCUGCGGUUUUGUUCCUCGUGUUUGGCGUGAAUCUCUUGCGGGAGGGCCUCUCUGUCGAGAAGAAUCAGGGUGUCGAAGAGGAGCUGGCGGAGGUGGAGGAGGAGAUUGCAGCCGUGGAGCUGUAUGAACUCUCAUCCAACAUCGAGAAGGGGGAGGCCGGCGACGGCACGACUGCUGCAACAGAGCAGCCGGUUGAAUGGAAGGCCAAGUUGAAAAACUUGGCAUUUUACAUCUCGUCUCCGGUGUGGUUCCAGACGUUUUCAAUGACAUUUUUGGGCGAGUGGGGCGACCGGAGCCAGAUCACCACGAUUGCUAUGGCUGCUGGUGCCGACUGGGAAAUGAUCAUUCUUGGUGGCUGCGUUGGUCACGCCAUCUGUACGCUCAUUGCGGUUCUCGUGGGACAGUACGUUUCCACCAAGAUCAGUUUGAGAACCAUUCUUCUCGGUGGCUCAUUUGCAUUUUUCAUCUUCUCAGGCUUAUACGGAUAUGCUGCGGUCUACGAA